GCCCUCUUCCCGAAACACAAGCGCGAGCGAUUAUACCGCCACGAAAAUUUCCCCCAUGCAUUUUUCCCCCUCUUCCUCUUCCUCCUCACCACCACCAUUAAAUCACCUCCAAAAUCCUUCACUCCUCCUUUCUGUUUCAAUCUCCCCUCCUCCUUCCCUAAUUUCCAUUUCCCCCCAAAAAAAAAACAUGACACCUCCGCCGCGCCGCCGCUCGAUCCCCGCCGUCCGGUACCUCCUCGGCGAGCACCGCCUCCCCUGCUUCCUCGCCGGAUUCGCCCUCGCCGCCCUCUUCUUCCACUCAUUCCCCCUCUCCACCACCACCAUCCUCCAGGCCUCGGAUCCGGGCCGGGUCGCGGUGCCCGACCCGAUUACCCGGCGGGUCCUGAUCGAGGAGAUGCCGGGUGCUACGGGGAAAGUGCCGCAAGGGCUGAAGAGGAAAGGGAACCGGAUCCUGGUCACCGGCGGGGCGGGUUUCGUCGGGAGCCAUCUCGUCGACCGGCUGAUUGGGAGAGGGGACAGUGUGAUUGUGAUCGACAAUUUCUUCACGGGCAGGAAGGAGAACCUGAUGCAUCAUUUCGGGAACCACCGGUUCGAGCUGAUUCGGCACGAUGUGGUCGAACCGAUUUUGCUGGAGGUGGAUCAGAUCUACCACCUGGCUUGCCCGGCUUCCCCUGUUCAUUACAAGUUCAAUCCUGUUAAGACCAUCAUAUCCUUUCUUUACUGAAUGCUUUGGUUUUUACACUGUCUCUAAAUUUACUGUUACUGUUAUCCGUGUGAAAUGUUGGAUCGUUUUGUUGUGAGUUAGAUUGGGUGAAUCUUUCUUUGGAUUCUUGAAUUGGGUGAUUUGGGUGUGUGCUGGGGGUUAAAUGCCAAUUGGGUCAUGGAAUCAUUUCAUGCAAUGGAUCACAUCUAGUACUAAGCUGAGUGCGGUAUCGAGACAACUGAAGUAUCGAAUUUCGCUCUGGUAAGAUGAUUUCGUAGGAUUCGAAUGUAGUGUUUCGAUUGUCUCGAUAUCGAGCUUAAUGACGAAUGUGAGUACUGAGGACUUUAGCCAUGUUUCUUAGGCAGAUUCGAUUUGAGGUGAGUGACAUUGUGGUUCAAGUAGGUGCAAACAAUGUGGUAACGUGACUAUGGUUGUGAAUCGGGGAUUUGGAUUUCCUUGACUUGGAUUUUCUUGGUGGGUUUGGUUUAUGGGUUCACAAGACAAACGUGGCGGGGACGUUGAACAUGCUUGGUCUGGCGAAGAGGGUUGGGGCGCGUUUCUUGCUGACGAGCACCAGCGAGGUCUACGGCGACCCCCUGCAGCAUCCGCAGGUGGAAACCUACUGGGGCAACGUCAAUCCAAUCGGGGUGAGGAGCUGCUACGACGAAGGAAAGCGGGUUGCUGAGACGCUGACCAUGGACUAUCACAGAGGCGCUGGCAUUGAGGUGAGGAUCGCUCGGAUAUUUAACACGUACGGGCCUCGAAUGUGCAUCGACGACGGUCGAGUGGUGAGCAAUUUCGUGGCGCAGGCGCUGAGGAAGGAGCCGAUGACGGUCUACGGCGACGGGAAGCAAACAAGGAGCUUCCAAUACGUUUCGGACUUGGUAGAGGGCCUGGUGCGGCUGAUGGAGAGCGAGCACAUUGGUCCAUUCAAUCUUGGCAACCCUGGGGAGUUCACCAUGUUGCAGCUAGCUGAGGUGGUCCAAGAGACGAUCGACCCAAAGGCGAGAAUCGAGUUCAAGCCCAACACAGAAGACGACCCGCACAUGAGGAAGCCGGACAUUACGAAGGCGAAGGAGCAGCUGGGCUGGGAGCCGACGGUGUCGCUCCGGAAGGGACUUCCGAUGAUGGUUUCCGAUUUCCGGCAGCGCAUCUUCGGCGAACAGAAGGCUUUCUCCGCUUGAUUUUGUGGGUUGAUGCGGAAUCAGGCGUAUGUUAUUAGUGUAGCAAUGAAAUAUGGAGCGAUCUUGAGGAUUAGAAAUAAUCUAAUUAUUAAGAAAAGAAAAUGGUGUUUGUUCCGGUAAUUAAAUGUUUGGUAGAUUUUCUUUUGACUGGUUUUGAUCAUCUUUUUGCCCCCUCCUUUGUUUGUUCUUAUGUCGAGACAUCAAAUGAUAAUGCUUGAUAGAUUACCCCGAAUUCAAUAGAAUGAACGGUGUAGUUUUCGUUUUACUGCUAAGGUGUAAGGUCUGCAGUUGUGACAAAUUUCCCCAAGGCAACUUAUGUUAGAAAGAUUCAUUGAUUGGUAGUAUUAUUAAUUGUGAGUUAGGGAUUUG